CGUAUAAAAUCUGAAGCCAGUUUUCGAGUCUGGUCCGCCGCCAAGUCGCGUGAGGUCUCAUUUGAGCGUCAGCGAAAAGCUGAAUCGCUUGCUGAAGCCGAGGCCAAACGCCAGGAUCGCCUACAGAGAGCCGAGCAGGCCUACCGUCGCUGGCGUUGUAAGUCAGCUUCGAGGCCAAGAGAUAGCCAGUCUAGCAAAAGUCUAACCGAUGCUCGUUAUAUGACCUACGGCUGGAUGAAUGGGAAGCUAGUCGGUCAGUCAAUGCCAAUUUAUCAAUUUCUCUUUUUUAUUUGGGCCACUAAUUUAGGAUUUACUCUUAUUGGUUCUUUAUUUUCAACCCAGGCGACAGCUUUUCACUUUUGA